AUAUAAGGAUUUUUGAGAAAAGUUACUGGCAAAAUGAGGUCUUAUAUCAGUUCUAGUCACUCUUCUGUGCAUUUUUAGCGGGUAUUGAAGCAUAUUUUGCCUAAUAAUUAAUUAUUUCUGCCCCGGUCGGGUUAUCGGAUCAACAUUUCCAAAAAACACAUCUUGAACUCAGGAGCGCGUAUCACUGUUAGCCUGAAGCCAGUGUGGUGGAAAAUAAUGAACUGUUAUCAGGAGUUGUAAAAAAAAAAAAAUCAGGUUUGUGAAGCAUUGAUUUGGAUUAAUGUAUUUGGUUAAUGUGUGGAAACUUUUAUAAAUUGGUUUAAAGGAAAAAGCUUUGGACAUCAUCUGUCGUGAUCAAUGUAGAACGAAUCAAGCAUCGGCAAUGUGAUUCGAACCUCAAAGCUUCAUAUUAAAGGAAAUUAAAAUAUUUUCCUGAAAUUCAUCACCAACAACCAGGAUAUUUAACUAAGAGCAAAGUUAAACUGCUGAAAGAGGUGAAGCAAAAGCCAUCCAGAAGAAUCUCCAGAACACGCAAAAAUUGUUUGCUACAUUUAAAAGACAAAUGAAGCCAAGUCCCGACAUGGAGAAACAUCAGCACUCUGUCAAGAGUUUUACUAAACAGAGUGAUCUCAAAAAACACCAGCGCAUUCACACAGGAGAAAAACCGUAUCACUGCACAGACUGUGGAAAGAGUUUUAAUCGACAGAGUCAUCUCCAACAACACCAGCGCAUUCACACAGGAGUGAAACCAUUUCACUGCUCAGACUGUGGAAAGAGUUUUAAUCAACAGAGUCAUCUCAAAAGUCACCAGCGCAUUCACACAGGAGUGAAACCGUUUCACUGCUCAGACUGUGGGAGGAGUUUUAAUCAACAGAGUAAUCUUAAAAUACACCAGCGCAUUCACACAGGAGUAAAACCAUAUCACUGCUCAGACUGUGGGAAGAUUUUUACUACCCAGAGUGAUCUCAAACAACAUCAGCGCAUUCACACAGGAGAGAAACCAUAUCACUGCUCAGACUGUAGGAAGAGUUUUAUUACACAGAGUAAACUUAAAAUACAUCAGCGCAUUCACACAGGAGAGAAACCUUAUUACUGCUCAGACUGUGGGAAGAGCUUUAAUCGACUGGAGACUGUCAAACGGCAUCAGCGCAUUCACACAGGAGAGAAACCGCAUCACUGCUCAGACUGUGGGAAGAGUUUUACUAUACAGAGUAAUCUCAAAAUACACCAGCGCAUUCACACAGGAGAGAAACCGUAUCACUGCUCAGACUGUGGGAAGAGUUUUACUAUACAGAGUAAUCUCAAAAAACACCAACGCAAUCACACAGGAGAGAAACCGUAUCACUGCUCAGACUGUGGGAAGAGUUUUACUAAACAGAGUAAUCUCAAAAUACACCAGCGCAUUCACACAGGAGAGAAACCGUAUUACUGCUCAGACUGUGGGAACAGUUUUACUCAACAGAGUAAUCUCAAAAUGCAUCAGCGCAUUCACACAGGAGAGAAACCGUAUCACUGCUCAGACUGUGGGAAGAGUUUUACUGAACAGAGUGCUCUCAAAAUACACCAGCGCAUUCACACAGGAGAGAAACCGCAUCACUGCUCGGACUGUAGGAAGAGUUUUAUUACACAGAGUAAACUUAAAAUACAUCUGCGCAUUCACACAGGAGAGAAACCUUAUUACUGCUCAGACUGUGGGAAGAGCUUUAAUCGACUGGAGACUGUCAAACGGCAUCAGCGCAUUCACACAGGAGAGAAACCGUAUCACUGCUCAGACUGUGGGAAGAGUUUUACUACACAGAGUGAUCUCAAAAAACACCAGCGAAUUCACACAGGAGAGAAACCGUAUUACUGCUCAGACUGUGGGAAGAGUUUUACUACACAGAGUGAUCUCAAAAAACACCAGCGAAUUCACACAGGAGAAAAACCGUAUCACUGCUCAGACUGUGGGAAGAGUUUUACUAAACAGAGUAAUCUCAAACUGCAUCAGCGCAUUCACACAGGAGAGAAACCAUAUCACUGCUCAGACUGUAGGAAGAGUUUUAUUACACAGAGUAAACUUAAAAUACAUCUGCGCAUUCACACAGGAGAGAAACCUUAUUACUGCUCAGACUGUGGGAAGAGCUUUAAUCGACUGGAGACUGUCAAACGGCAUCAGCGCAUUCACACAGGAGAGAAACCGUAUCACUGCUCAGACUGUGGGAAGAGUUUUACUACACAGAGUGAUCUCAAAAAACACCAGCGAAUUCACACAGGAGAGAAACCGUAUUACUGCUCAGACUGUGAGAAGAGUUUUACUACACAGAGUGAUCUCAAAAAACACCAGCGCAUUCACACAGGAGAGAAAAAUGUCCCAAAUUUGUCCCAUGGCAAUUAACAGCGCAAAUCAUAAAUUCCACCAGAAACAAAUAUGAACUGUAUUUAACAAUGGAUUUUACAGGUUCAGCAAAACUAUUCUUAUCCAGGGAUGAUGUGUAUAGAAUUCCAUGUUAUGUUUUUAUGUCUUUUAAGUUUGAAUAUUCCAGGACAUUCUUUGUGAGACAGAGCUCAGUUUUUAGGUUAGUUACUGUUGCGCAGUAAGGUUACAGGCUCAUUCACUCCCUCUGCUGGUGUUCUUGUUUGUCUAUGGUUCAGUCCAAUUAAAAAUCUGUUACUAUAGAGCAUAGGUCGGCAAUAGGCGGCCCGCGGGCCAGAUGCGGCCCGCAAGCAAGAAACAUCUGGCCCGUGAGGUUGAACUAUAAUGAAAAAAAAAUCGGACUGUCCGUCUCAAAAAUGCUCUUUAUUUAGAAACUUAAUUUUCCAAAACAGAAAAAUUUAUUAAAGAUUUUUGAUAGAGCCACGGGCUGUUAGAUAACUGCUAGCUUCUUUAUUCUGUUAUUUUUUUUUUAUUCGUUUGUUUUUUUUUAUUUAACAAACAGGUAUAUCAUUAAUAGCGCCCCCAAUGGUCAUUCCACAGAUUUCACCCACAUCAGCCCACUUGAAUGUCUGCUUGUCAUUUUAAGAGCGCCCUCCCGCCACCGCGCCCGCCAUCCCCCCCCCCCCCCCCCCCCCCCGCCAAGUGCUUGUGGCCCGUCAUGUAAUGGCUUGGAAUAAAUCUGGCCCGCGGCCAAACUUAAUUGCCGACCCCUGCUAUAGAGGGAUAUAGAGAGAUAUUUGGUUGUGUUGUAUUACUCAAGUUUUAUACUCUCUUAUCUUUUCCUUAUUGAAUAUUAAAUGUUGCUUAUGUUUUUUUUAAUCUCCAAAGUUACUAAGAAUAUCCAAAUAAUGUAGUUUCUUAAUUGUUUUUAUCCAGUACAAACUAUUAUCUUCGUAUUACUUCACCUCUAUAUUUACCCAUGUGUGUUUUAAUAAACGGCUUUUAUAUUGCA